AUGGCAACUUUGACCAACGGGCAGGUGGACGCCGCGGUGCACGGUGUCGGUGCACAUGUCGGGGUCGGGGUGGUCUCCGCCAGCACCAACGGGCUAGUGAACGGAUUAAGCCACAAUCACAGCCCGGCGGGCUGUCCGGCCACCAUCCCCAUGAAAGAUCACGAUGCCAUCAAACUCUUCAUCGGUCAGAUCCCUCGCAACCUGGACGAGAAGGACCUGCGACCCCUCUUCGAGGAGUUUGGCAAGAUCUACGAGCUCACGGUGCUCAAGGACCGCUUCACGGGCAUGCACAAAGGCUGUGCCUUCCUCACCUACUGUGCCAGGGAGUCAGCACUGAAAGCCCAGAAUGCAUUGCACGAGCAGAAGACCCUGCCAGGGAUGAACAGACCAAUCCAAGUGAAGCCAGCAGACAGCGAGAGUCGAGGAGAAGACAGAAAGCUCUUUGUGGGCAUGCUCAACAAGCAACAGUCCGAAGAUGACGUGCGGCGCCUUUUCGAGUCCUUCGGCGGAAUUGAGGAGUGCACCAUCCUGCGAGGUCCGGAUGGCAACAGCAAAGGCUGCGCAUUUGUAAAAUACUCGUCACACGCUGAAGCUCAGGCGGCCAUCAGUGCACUACACGGCAGCCAGACGAUGCCUGGAGCCUCAUCCAGUCUGGUGGUAAAGUUCGCAGACACAGAUAAGGAGCGCACCAUUCGCCGCAUGCAGCAGAUGGCUGGUCAGAUGGGCAUCUUCAACCCUAUGGCCCUGCAGUUUGGAGCCUACGGAGCCUACGCUCAGGUGCAGCAGCAGGCUGCAUUGAUGGCAUCUGUUGGCCAGGGGGGCUACCUCAGUCCGAUGGCCGCUUUUGCUGCCCAGAUGCAGCACAUGGCCACCAUCAACGGCCUCCCCGGUGCACCGCUCACGCCCACGUCAGGCGGUAGCACUCCUCCAGGCAUCAGCGCCCCCACAGUGACCAGCAUUCCUUCUCCUAUUAGUGUCAAUGGUUUUACUAGCAUGCCGCCCCCUCAAGCAAAUGGACAGCCACCUGCAGAGGCUGUCUUCACCAAUGGGAUACACCAUUACCCUGUAUUGCAAGAAGUGGUUUUUAGGGAGGACUCUGAGAAAAAUGGCCUGGGUGUAGCUCCAAGGAGUUGUUUUGGAGUUCAGGGUGGCUGCUUUCUCUCUUCUCUAUCUGAAGCUCAAAGUCCCACUGCAGCUGAUCCUCUCCAGCAGGCGUACACGGGAGUUCAGCAGUAUGCAGCCUACCCAGCCGCAUACGGCCAGAUCAGCCAGGCCUUCCCCCACCCUCCAACCAUUAUUCCACAGCAGCAACGAGAAGGACCAGAGGGUUGUAACCUGUUCAUCUACCACCUCCCUCAGGAGUUUGGAGAUGGCGAACUGAUGCAGAUGUUCCUGCCAUUCGGUAAUGUCAUCUCCUCCAAAGUGUUUGUGGAUCGAGCGACAAACCAAAGUAAAUGCUUUGGCUUCGUAAGCUUCGAUAACCCAGGCAGUGCCCAAGCUGCCAUCCAGUCAAUGAACGGCUUCCAGAUCGGCAUGAAAAGACUUAAAGUACAGCUGAAGAGGCCAAAAGAUGCAAACCGCCCUUACUAG